AUGACGGGAAAAGACAGUCACGAGCUCACCUCUCGUGAGAAGCUUCGGCUUAUGAAGAGUCCGGUUGUCCUGGGCUCUGAGAGAGGCGCGGAAAUGCCCAAUCUGAGCGAGUUUGGAGACCGUUACACAGACAAGUCCAUUGAGUUCGCGAGGCACGAAGAAGCCGGCACGCUGGAAGUGUUCACCGACCUGUUCUUUGCCGCCAACUACGCCGUUUUCUCCAAGACUCAGUCAGUAACAAGUCAUGAGCGAGUUGCAUCUUACAUCGGAUACUUCUGUAUGCUAUGGAUGACUUGGCUUGUUGUCGGCCUCUAUGAUGUUCGAUUCGUAACGGACAGCAUUUUCGAGCGAGUUGUUCGAGCUAUCCACCUUGGAGCCUUUGUUGGUUUCGCCGUCGUCGCUCCCAAGUUCGACCCGAGUAACCAGCAAGCAGCAACGAUGAGAGCAAUGUCUCUGAUCCUGAUGGCAUCACGUCUAGGAUUGACCAUCGAAUACGGCAGUAUCCUUUGGCACGUUAGGAAGUUCAAGAAAGUCCACUUGGCAUUCUACCUGCAAAUGUCCAUCCACUUCGUCGCUGCCAUGAUCUAUCUCGGCGUCACUUUCCGCUUCACCAACACCCACCACAGUAGUGUGUUCGUUACUUGGUAUAUCGUUGGGGCCUUGGAGGCCCUCCUGACCUUUGGCCUGUCGAUACACUAUUCCGUCCUGAGCCUUUCCAAGACACACCUGAUGAAUCGCAUGUUUCUUCUGAGUGUCAUCAUCCUCGGCGACAGCAUUGUUGUCAUAGCCGAUAAGGUGGUGAUCAUCGUCGAUGCCCCUGACUCUUGGGAUGCCAUCACCAUCGGCAUUCUGACUGCCGGCGUUGCGACGACUUACAUGAUCUUCUUGAUCUACUUCGACUGGAUGAAGGCGUCGCAUCUCCCACCCGUGCGUCAGAUGAUCUGGACCAUGCUCCAUUUCCCGUUCCACCUAGCCCUCGUCCUCUUUUUGCAGGGAUUCACGCAAUUCAUCCAAUGGUCCAAGGUGGUCGAUGUGUUUAACCACCUGGCAGCCAACUGGAUAGUGUUUGAUCCGGCAAGGCUGCCUCGUGCUACCAGCCAGCUGGUACAGCAAAACAUGACAGACGAGAUUGCCAGUUUCUUCAAGCUAUAUCCUCCAAAGUAUUCCGAUACGCAAUACGUCUUCCAGGAGGCUCUGGACAAUAUCACGGACAUUCCGAAUUCCUUCUGGCCUAAAUGGGCCGACGCCUUGACGGACGAGAACUACGAGCUGCCGACAGACAAAACCACGGACCUCUUCUCGAAGAUCAUUGAGGCCCUGGUUACGGCGAUGGAGAAUAGCGUCUUUACAAACUUUGAAAUCGAUCUCGAGGCCGAAGCGGUCAAAGAACAGCGGGAAAAGGGCGAAGAGGUCAACCAGUCGGCUGCUGAUUUCUCAGCUCAGAUUGACCAAGCUACCUGGGACCGAUACAACCUGGUGUUCACGUAUGGCUAUGUGGCGGCUGGUGUUUGUCUGGCGCUGAUGGUGCUGCUAUCCGUCGUUGCCCGCGUGACUCCCUGGAAGCCGUGGCAUGUCAUCCGUACCAUCAUCUACUUCCUUUUGGCGCUCGGAAUGGCUCUCACGGCCCUCCUCAACCUCAACUCGGACCAGUUGGAUAGAUAUCUGAGCACUCCAUGGCUUCUUCCUACGCUCUGCAUCGCGUGGGGGAUUGUGCUUCUCCUCACCCAUAUUCGUCGCGAUACUCCAUUGUUCUUCAAAGACGGCAGCCCAAGGCCCUUGCGCCGUGGAACCAAUCAGUCCGAGUCGAACAACGAUUCCGAGCAUGCGCAACCGAUGGUGAGCAACAUCGACGGUUCGACUUCGUAUUCUGGAGCAGCCGGAAUGCCCUACGGGUAUCACCCGGCACCUCAGUCUCAGCCCGGGCAUGAUUAUGUUUGA